UUCUUAGAAGAUGGGCGAUGAUGCAUAUAACAGCGCCGUGGAGGCUUCUGAAAGACGUUUGAGCAAUCUUCGUGCUUUUAAUCGGGAAAGCAUCAAUGAACUGCAAAACAAGAUAGUCAACGAGCAAACGCAACAUGUGGAACGUAUCGCACAGAAAGAGGAAAACCAUCGGCAAGAUAUGCUACAGAAUUUUAAAUCCAGUUUAGCAGAGAGAAAAGCGGCAGAGGAGAGGCACAACAAAGCGAUCGAAGAACUCAAAAGAAGCCAUAAGAACGAUAAGAAAAAGUUAGAAUCUGAACUGGAAAGUAUAAAACGGAAGGGUGAGAAAGAUGUUAGAGAAAUUGAGCAACAACGUGAAGCUCUUGAAAAGCAACGAACAGAGGACCUUGUCAACCAUCAGGAAACUAUGAGGAAACUCAAUGAAACAAAAUUCGAGGCAAUUAAGAAGAAGAGAGACGAACAACAAACGUUGAAAAUGGAGGAGAUGGAUGAAAAAAGUAAACGCAUGGCGAUUGAGCACCAGACACGGAUGACAAAUAUUGAGGACACACAGAAUAUGCAAUUAGGCAUUGAAAGCAGUAAUGCAAGCUUGGCCAUGAUUAAAAAGCUAAAGAAUAGCAUUGAUGUCGUUAAUAAGACCACAGAACUUUUGCAAGAACUGAAAAAUACGUGUGAGGACAAAGAUCAGGACUACCAUGCAACUGCUAUCAAAGCAAUUAAGUACUAUACGGGGGAAAUAGAAAUGGCAAAAUCAAAAUUCGAUUUUCAAAUUCAACAGCUCAAAAGUAAUAUGUACGAUGAACGAGAAGCAGAUCCCCGUGUGGUUGACGGCUGUUUGGAAAUGGCAAAUAAAAUGAAACGAUGCAUGGAGUCGAGCGACAUCCGUUUAGUGUGUUCAACGUUGCCACGUCUUGCAGCAAAACAGGAUCACGGCCGUAUCAGUGGAAUUUUGGAAAAGAUCGAUAAUUUGACUCGUGAUAUGGUUGCUAUCCGUGAAGAAACUGAGAGUAAUUCAAUUAAAUGGAGAAGAAUUAGUACUUCGUCUGCGAGUGCUUCGACAAAUGCGAUUGGGAACUAAUUGAACAUUAAUAAUUGUCUUGGUAACUAUGUACUUGCUCAGCUGGUUUCUAGUUGAAAGUAAACUUCGACUCUUCCUUUUCUUGGAAUAUAAAAUACUCAGUUUUGUA